AGGACACAUAUGGAAUUCAAUCUGUGCACAGAGCCUGUGGGAGUAAAGUUGCAGCCAUGUGCUUUUUACCAUGUGGAAUCUGAUCAUAUGGUUUUCUUUUAAUUUAGGGGCAUUUCAUCUCUGGUAGAUUGGGUUACUCGGGAUAAAGCUUAACUCCUAGGAAACAUAAAAAGUGAAGUGUGGAAUUUUGAUCUAUUUUUUUUAUUUUUCAUUUUUAUCUGAAACUUCCAAAAGUGGAAAAGGAGGUUAAAUCGUCAGUGCCUUUCUUGAAACCAUGCGCCAAUGCAACAGCAAGCAGCCACUUUAAAUAAUGAUCCUAUAGGCCAUAAAGGCGGGUGCAAUUCUCCCCUGUCAUACUGCCGCUCGCUCUCUCUCUCUUACACACACGCGCGCGCGUGCACAGACGCACGCACUAGGGGUGGGAGUGGAUGGUCGUGUAGCCGCUGGAAGCCAGGAUGGGAUAAUCAUGCGUGUCUGCCGGGUGUUGAUGCAGCUACCGUUGGCGGAUCCAGGCUGGACUCGGGACGCGGGGUGGGUCUAGUUCCCGAACCGGAGCUAUCUGGACCUCAUGCCGAUGUUAUCAAGCGUUCCGAGAAAGACGAGGGCGAUGGCCGUGAGGGGACUUGGUGCAGCUUUUUGAAUAGUCCAGGCGAGAGACAUCGAGCGUUUUCGCCGAUGGAGGACAGAAUUCGCCGGUAUUAACGCGCAACCACGGCUUGGAAUAACUUGGACCCGGACAGAGGCGGAGGGCACCGAACGAGCUCAUCCCUUUUCCCUUCAUGCCUUUGAAAGUGGGAUAGAGAUAGAACCCAGCCUGAGCGAAGGGACCACUUUUGCAUCGGUAAUUAGGGGAGCACUGCCUCCUCGGAGCGAGCCGCAGCCGCAUCUAACCGACCUGGUGGCUCCUUGGAUGGAGAGAGGGCGCAUUGAGGGCUGAGAGAGCGGCUCGCCGUGUGCGGGAGGUGACGGAGGGAGACCGGGCAGUUUGAAGGCGCGGGGAGCCAGGCGCGGCGCGGCGGCUCCAUGAGCGGCUCCUGCCGGGACAGCGCGCCCAGAGCCCAGCCGGAGCGUCUCCACCGCCGCGGGUAGAAUUCCCCGGCCACAGGACGGAGGCCAGUUUGGAAGUUUUGAUGCAUAUGAUCACAACCACCAUGAUUUUUAUGAUUCUUGGUGCUUCAGUUGUAAUGGCGAUAGCCUGUUUAAUGGACAUGAACGCACUACUGGAUCGCUUUCACAACUACAUCUUACCGCAUCUACGAGGGGAGGACCGCGUCUGUCACUGCAACUGUGGAAGGCAUCAUGUCCACUAUGUAAUCCCGUACGACGGGGACCAUUCCUUGGUGGACUCGUCGGAGAACUACUUUGUGAGCGACAGCGUGACCAAGCAGGAGAUGGACUUGAUGCUGGGGCUGCUGCUCGGCUUCUGCAUCAGCUGGCUGCUGCUGUGGCUGGACGGAGUCCUACACUGUGCCGUCAGGGCCUGGAGAGCGAGUCGCUACUACGACACCCCGUCCUGGUCGUGGCUGCCCCAGUUCUGCAACCUCCGGGACCUCCGCCGCCGGGCUCAGCUCCGACAGCUGGACGACUCCAGCGGCAACAUGGUCCACAUCAAGCAGAAGCUGUACCACAACGGCCACCCCAGCCCCCGGCACCUCUGACUCCGCGACCGCGACGCCGCGGCACGAGCCGAAGGAUCCCGAGACGCGCUCCCUUAAAACACACGUCUGCCCCCCCCUCCCCUCCCCUCCCCAAACCGCCCCCCGGCCAAAGGUUGCCUCAGAGAAAACUGCCCUCUGCUCCUCGUGAUGUGGCGGGACUUUCUUACCCCUGUCGGCACUAAAAGUAAAAAAAGAGAAACCCCAAAACGGAGCGAGACGGCGAUUACUUGUUGCUACUGAAAUCUGUCCUAUGUCCAUGUCCGCUGUCGUGGGAGGAGGAGGAGGAGGAGAAAAGAAACGUUUUUAAGGGUGUUUUUUCUGUAUAGAGACAUUUUCUGUGUUCAUUGUUAAACUUGGCAUGCUCUUUUAGAACAGGGUACGACGUGGGCAGUGUGCGGAACAGGGCGGCAAAAAACGGGUGUCCAGGUUUUGUUUAAAGUUUCCCUUUUUUUGUCUAUGGGGGGAGGAUGGGGGGGGGGGGUCUCCCGGGUUUUGUGAUGGUUGGAUUGCUGCUGCUGUAAAUAGUUAUAAAUACGGGCGAGCUGGAUUUAACGGUCUUUAAAAAGUGGGUGUGUGGGGUUGGGGGGGGGGGGGGGGGGGGUGCGAGUCGUUUAUCGAUAGGAAACCUAACGAGGGACUGCGCGGGUAAAGAGUCUAAGAAUGAAACAGGAACACAAGUCUGUUUGAAAACUGGAUGUGAAACCAUGUGAUUUCUGCUAAAACACAGAUUAAUUAGCUUUGUUACUUAGUGAAUUAACUGAAUGUAUUCCUUUUUUUCCCCCUGUAAAUACGUGUAGGGGAGGGGAGCGUGGCUCGGCUGUGGUCGGGGUUCUCUUUGCUCUAUUGUCAUGCUUCCGGAGACGCGCGAGGAGAAAUAAUUUCCAGCUGAUGCCAAGACGCGCACAUUCCUCCUCAUCGUCCUCACGCCGUGCUCAACGGCACACUUCAAUUUUCUUUAUCCAAUUCCCUCUCACUUAUCAGGAGCAGCCAGCCUAUCAGCGGAGGGAACCCUCGCCCGACCCCCACCCCCCCUCGCCCUCUCUGUCCAGACAUUGCUGUUGUGAGGAUGAAAUGUCUGUUUUAUUAAAAGUGCCAUUGAAGCACAACAGUGA